CACGUCUCUGUUCCUCCUGUAAAACGGCAGCCGAAGGACUGCACCUGAGAUGCUCCUUCCGUCUGCUCCCGUUUCCUUCUACCCCGAGAUGAACGGCGAGGGAUUGUAGCAGCAGAGUACUCGAGACCAUUCCCACCUCACCAAGUUGGCUGACCAUGGACCUUAUCCUCGCCCUAAUCAUGUCGUCAUGGCAUCGUGCCAUCGACUCUGCCUGGCUGCCAUUUGUUCGCUCCAACUUUUGGAUGACACUCCGCAGCUCAAGAAAAUCCCGGCACCGCUUUUCAGCCACGAAAUCUUGCGACGUGAGACCCCACCGUCCCGCUCAGUUCCAUCUCCAUUGCACUGAGUAAAAAACGAGGAAGCCGAGUGAUUUUUACUCCUUGCCGUAACCAAUUCCUGUGGACACCGGUGCUCCAUGUAGCCAUCCGUUGCAAUCGCGAGAAUGGUGGUCUCAUUCUCGUAGCCCCCCGCGUGCCGUCCCGCACGCCGAUGGUCGUAGCAUGGUGGGAGGUCUAGUGCUCCCCCAGCCGCAGCACCACCAGGUCGCCACGCCAAGAACCAACCCCCCGGCUGCGCCGGCGCCGGCAUCGGAGCAGAUCAGGCUGAGGGAGCAGGCGCCAUGGCCAUGCCGCCCCAGCACCAAGCCGGUCCCGGCGCGGGGCCUGGACGAGGUCAGGAAGGCGCACGCGCGGCACGUCAAGCUCGGCCUCGACCGCUCCCCGCGGCACGCGCGGCCGCUACUCGCCGCGUGCGCGCUCGGGUCGUGGCCGGGCGGCAUGGAGUACGCGGCGGCCAUCUUCGCGGCGCUCGACGAGCCAGAGGCCUUCGACUACAACACCCUGAUGCGCGGCCACGUCGCCCACGACGACCCCGCGGCCGCGCUUCGGCUCUACGCCGCCAUGCUGGAGCAGGGCGUCGAGCCCGACCGCUACACGUUCCCGUUCGUGCUCAAGGCGUGCGCGCGGCUCGCGGCCUCGGGGCAAGGGAGGCAGCUCCACGGACACGUCGCGAAGCUCGGGUUCUCCCAGCACGACGAGCACGUGGGCAACAGCCUUAUCAGCUUCUACGGCAGGUGCGGCGAGCCGGAGCUGGCUCGCCGCGCGUUCGAGCAGAUGGAGGCCGAGGAGAGCACGACGGCGGCUUCCUGGAGCGCGCUGCUGGCCGCGUACACGAGGGCCGGGCUGUGGGCUGACUGCCUCGAUUCGUUCGGUGCCAUGGCGCGCGCCGGGGGGAGGCCCGAGGAGAGCUCCAUGGUGAGCGCGCUCUCGGCGUGCGCGCACCUGGGUGCCUACGACGUCGGCCGGAGCAUCCACUGCGCGCUGCUGAGGAACACCGUGGCGCUGAACACGUUCAUGGAGACGUCCCUGGUGGACAUGUACGCCAAGUGCGGCUGCAUCGACAAGGCCUCGGCGGUGUUCGACGCGAUGGACGGCAAGAACGAGUGGACGUACAGCGCCAUGGUGUCCGGCCUCGCGCUGCACGGGGACGGCCUGAAGGCGCUCCAGGUGUUCGACGCGAUGGCCAGGGAGGGCCACAAGCCCGACGAGGCCGUGUACGUCGGCAUCCUGAACGCCUGCAGCCGGUCCGGACUGCUCGAGGAAGGGCUCCGUUGCUUCGACCGGAUGCGGCUGGAGCACAAGGUGGCACCAAACGCGCAGCACUACGGCUGCAUGGUGGACCUCAUGGCUCGCGCGGGCAGGCUGGACGACGCGCGCGCGCUCAUCGGGAGCAUGCCCACGGGGCCGACGGACGCGGCCUGGAGGAGCCUGCUCAACGCGUGCCGGAUCCACGGCAACGUCGAGCUCGCCGAGCGCGCGCUCCAGGGGCUGUCCGGCAUCGGCGCCGUGAACGCCGGGGACUACGUGAUCCUCGCGGACAUGCACGCCAGGACCAAGAACUGGGACGCGGCGGCCGCGCUCCGGACGGAGGCGGCGAACAGGGGCCUGGCGCAGGCGCCGGGGUUCAGCGCGGUCGAGGUGCACGGCAGGGCGCACCGGUUCGCGUCGCAGGACAGGUCGCACCCUCGGACGGCCGAGAUCUACGAGAUGCUCCACCAGAUGGAAUGGCAGCUCCGGUUCGAGGGCUACGAGCCCGACACGUCGGAGGUGGCCCUGACGCGGGACGCCGGCGAGGAGGAGAAGCGGCGCGCGGUCGCCGCGCACAGCCAGAAGCUGGCAAUGGCGUUCGGCCUGCUUAGCACGCCGGAAGGGACUCCCGUGAGGGUCGUCACCAACCUCCGGAUGAGCAAGGAGUGCCACGCGUACAGCGCGCUGAUAUCGGAGAUCUUUGGGAGGGAGGUCGUCGUCAGAGACCGGAACCGGUUCCACCGGUUCAGGCGUGGCGCCUGCAGCUGCAGAAACUAUUGGUAGUCCCGAUUUGGAACUUUGGAUUGUGGUGGGAUGGUGUAAAUAUGGGAGUAUCAUGCAAGUCAUUAUAUGGUGCGGAUAUGUGCACUAUAACACAUUGAUUAAUCAAAAAUUUCAACAGAAAAAGAGAGAUUUCUUGUCUGUCGAUAA